AUGGACGGCGACAAAAUGGAUGUGGUUGGUGAUGUCAAGCAAGCUCCCAAUGACAUCAGCACUAUGAACGUACAUGUUGAAGUUCACGUUAAAUCGCACAGCACGGCAAGGAGAGAUGAUAUCAAGAUGCACGUGCUGGCACUACUGAAUCGGCAUCGCAUGGUGUUCGGUGACUACAAGUGGGUUGAGUUUGACGAAGACUUCCUGGUCAAGCAUGUGGAGUCAGUGGCCAUUGUGGAUGCAGAGAGACAACCCAUUGAUCUGAAAAGCUGCUGUUUGUCCAUUCAUAUCUUUACCCUCAAUGAUGAUGGGCCCAGCACCCUAAACCUAGAGGAAGAGGAGGAGCUGUCAGCAGCCAAUCACUGGCUCUUACCUGCAGCUGAAUUCAAUGGCAUUUGGGAAAGCCUUGUAUAUGAGGAUGGAGUCAAAACUCAACUCUUGGAUUAUGUUUCAACAACAAUAUUUUUCUCUGAUAAAAAUGUGGACAGCAACCUGAUCGCAUGGAACCGAGUUGUAUUGCUUCAUGGGCCCCCCGGCACAGGAAAGACCUCUCUGUGUAAAGCACUGGCCCAGAAGCUUUCCAUAAGACUGUCAAACAGGUACUCGUAUGGCCAAUUUGUGGAGAUAAAUAGCCAUAGUUUGUUCUCCAAAUGGUUUUCAGAGAGCGGUAAGCUUGUCACUAAGAUGUUCCAGAAAAUACAGCAGUUGAUUGAUGACAAAGAAGCUCUGGUCUUUGUUCUGAUCGAUGAGGUGGAGAGUCUUACUGCGGCUCGCAAUGCUGCUCAAGCGGGCACUGAGCCCUCAGAUGCCAUCCGGGUCGUCAACUCUGUCCUCACACAGCUCGACCAGAUUAAACGGCACUCGAAUGUGGUGAUCCUUACCACCUCCAAUGUGACAGAGAAGAUCGACCUGGCGUUUGUGGACCGGGCUGAUAUAAAGCAGUACAUUGGGCCGCCCUCUACCGAAGCCAUCUUCAACAUCUACCUGUCCUGUCUGGAGGAGCUCAUGAAGUGCCAGAUCAUCUACCCUCGGCAGCAGCUCCUUACCAUGUUUGAGCUGGAGACCAUGGGCUUCCUGGAGAGCAGUGUUUCGGAGCUCAGCCUGACUCUCAGGAGCAUUGCAGCGAAAAGCAAAGGCCUUAGUGGGAGAGCACUGAGGAAACUGCCGUUUUUGGCCCAUGCCCUCUUUGUAAAGACCCCGACUGUGACCCUUGAGAGGUUCAUGGAGGCCAUGGACAAAACUGUUGACAAACAGAUUGAGGAGAAGGCCCACCUGGUCAACUGUGUGUAA